AUAAGCAUCCACAUCAGCUCACAUCACUCAAUAUUACUUCGUUUUAACUUACACCAGUUGUGACUUUUUAUCACUCAUUUUUAUGUACCAUUUUAUGUAACUUAGUUUAUAUACUGAAAGUGUCCACUCCAUGACUCCUGUUUACUAUACUACUGCUUAAAAAAAUAUAUAGAUUCAUUUUUGCUUUGUUUUUCUGUCAAUGACAUUUUUGUCCAGUUAACAAUGAGUUGAAAAAACUGCCAUUCCAGCUCCUUACUAGCUAAGAAUAUUUCUCAACUCUGCUUGGAAAUCUAAAAGUAGAAAUAUUGUUUUGAUGUCCAAUCUUUUAAAUACGUGUUAUCUUUGCUGCUGACCGUCCCCUCCGCCCAGUAGAAAAGUGCUUCAUCAGAUCCUGUGUAUUCCAGUAAUAUUUCGCAAGUGCUUAUCCUACCAGGAAUUCAGAGUCUACACUGAGUGAUAAGGUGCUUGCUGUAUUUUCAUCCCAGUACCAUGCUAAGGAACAUGUGGAUGAGACUCAGCAUCAUCUGUGGCUGCAUAGUUCUUCAUUCUUGGUAUGCACUGAGUUGCUCAACAUCAUGUAUUUGUUUUAAAAAAGCCAAUGUUUUCUGUUUUGGUGAAUCAGUUACUGAAAUUCCCAAAGAUAUUCCAAUCAAUGCCACGGAACUCAUGUUUUUGGAAACUUCUAUAGAUAUGAUUGGCAACGCAACCAUCAUAUCAUAUGAAAUGUUAAACAAACUGGUUUUCAUGAAAAAUAACAUACAAUAUAUACAUGAAAACGCGUUUCACUUGCUUAACCUUAGAGACCUGGAAAUUUCAGCCAACCCACUAUCAGAAUUGAGGUCUGGAUUAUUUGAUGAGCUACCUGAACUUAAGAAACUCACCAUUACCUAUAAUGUCAUAUCAAUUCUUCCAUGUGGACUAUUUCUUAAUAACAAGAAGUUGGAAGUGCUCUCGUUACAAGGAAAUAACAUCUCGUUUAUUUGCAAGGAUGCAUUCAAAAACUUAUUAAAUCUGAUAGAACUCAACCUCAGUUCUAAUGAAAUCAAAACAUUACGUUUUAAUCUUUUUCAACCACUUAAACAACUCAGAAUUCUCAAACUUAAUAAUAACCAAAUACACAAUCUAUAUCCAGAUACAUUUGCACAUCUUGGAGAACUCAGAGAGCUAACACUCAAUGGGAACUAUAUUACAUCUAUCUUUAAGUACACUUUUCAAAUGUUGGUUUCUUUGGAGAAAUUAAAUCUCAUGAGCAAUUCAAUUAAAACUCUUACUUCUGAAGUUUUUGCAUCUCUCUCCAGCCUCUCCUUGCUAACCCUUGAAAGAAACCAAAUUAACGUCCUUCCCAUUAGAAUUUUUGAUGCCAUGAAAAAUUUAACCAUACUAUCAUUGUCUGAAAACAAGUUGAAGACCAUUCCAGAAAACAUUUUUUCCAACUUAGUUAAAGUUGAAAAGAUUUUCUUGUCAUACAACCAGAUUGAAAAGCUAGAAGGGGAUAUUUUUCACGGCUUGGAUUCAGUCACCCAUUUAUACCUUGACAACAACAACAUUAGUCUCAUUGAUAGCAAUGUAUUUAGCCACAUAAAGUCUUUAAAUGUCAUUGUUCUCCAUCAUAACAAACUAACCAUGCUCCCAGAAGGACUGCUUGAUGAACUAUACAACAUGUACUCUUUGGUUCUUCAUGAUAAUCCAUGGUUGUGCGACUGUUCACUGUCCUAUCUUCUAAAGUGGAUAAAGGAGAACCAGGAUUUAACACAGGUUUCGGAAAUUGAAUGUGCAGGACCAGAUAAUAAAAUAGGGAAAUCAAUCCAGCUAUUGCACAUAAAAGAUCUUGAAUGUCCAAUUGUUGAAAACGAUCCUGACAUCUUGUCACACAGUCUAUUACAAGGUGGUCAGCGGCUUCAGAAAAGUCACAAUGUUUGCAAUUACAACCUUAUCAAUGGAACAUUGUACUUUGAUUGUGAUUUGACUGUGUGUAACAGCAUGAAUGUCCAGGUUAGCGUAAGGCAGGAUUCAAACCCAAGCACAUUCACCCAUACUCCUAGUGACAUCCUACCUCAUUGCACUGACACUAAAAUCAAUGUUGUCAUCACUACUGGAACCACAUAAAUAACUUUCAAUUAAAUGACUUAAUUUUAACAAAUUCAUACAUGCCAACAUUUAUCAAAAAUACAGUUUGUGUAAAUUCGUAGGAAUUAUUUUCUUAUAAUAUUAACUCUAUCAUUGUAUAUUUAAAAAGAUACUAAUACCGAUAACAUAAAAUAUGGGUCACCAUCAGGAGAUGGUAGAGUUAUGUGUAUGUGUCUGGAAAAUUGUAAAUGUCAUGGUCAUGAAGCAAAUUACAUUACACAAUGGCAUUGCCUUUAAAUGUAAUGUGUUUAUUAAAGGAACA